GUCCCUCUGACCAGAACCCUAUAGGGAAUAUGGUCCCUCUGACCAGAGUCCUAUAGGGAAUAGGGUCCCUCUGACCAGAGUCCUAUAGGGAACAGGUAAUGGUCAGAUAAUCAGUUUGCUAAUAUGUCUUGAUUAGGUUCAUUCAUACACCCCCUUCCUACCCUAUCUCCUUCACAGGGCCAUUCUCACCUUCUCCCACCCCUGGUAACUCCUGAGGUCUCAUUGGCCAUGUAACCCCCAAUGUAACCCCCAAUCACUGGCUGGGGAAACACCUCCCCAACCCCACUCUAUCCUCAGUCAACCAAGACCCCCCACCUAUACAGACAUCUAUGAUAAAUGACAUAGCAGAACUUGAGACUUUUACAUUGUAGUAUUUAAGCCACUCCAGACACUGAAACCAAUAGACUUGUGGGUCCUGCUGCUGGACUUUCCAGUGAGGAGGAUUCUUCUUAUUGCUUCUGUUUGAUGGUAAGUGCUUUUGUCAUUUGUUUGGUUGUUGUUCUUCUCCCUAGAUCUGUGUUGAAGCUAGUAAAACAUGUAUCUUACUGUGUAUCUUUUAUCUAUUGUGUUAUCGACUGUACGCUUGUUUAUUCCAUGUGUAACUCUGUGUUGUUGUUUGUGUCGAACUGCUUUGCUUUAUCUUGGCCAGGUCGCAGUUGUAAAUGAGAACUUGUUCUCAACUGGCCUACCUGGUUAAAUAAAGGUGAAAUAAAUAAAACAUAUUUUAAAAAACUGUACAUGAUCAAUGGCUGAUGUAAACAUGUUAGUCCUAAACUAAAACACAUCCUCAAUGGAGAAUCUCUAUAUGUUUAAUGUGGGUCUGGGAUACAGCCACAAAUAAUGAUUCAAAACGUGUUGUUCACAGAAUGGAGACACUGUAAAUAAAAAAAAGUGUAACUCAACAACUGUAAAAGUGUACCUCACUUUUUGACCUUUGAACUUGUGUCUCUCUUGUUCCAGAGGCCAUUACAGAGAAACUGACAAAAUGACCUCCGGUUCCUUCUUCCAAGAAGAGGAUUUCCUCUGUCCUGUGUGUUUUGAUAUCUUCAGGGAUCCUGUGGUUGUCCCUUGCAGCCACAGUGCCUGUAAGACCUGCAUGGAGGAAUACUGGAAGCAUAAAGACUAUCAGGAGUGUCCAGUCUGCAGGAAGAGAUCCUCCAUGCCUUUCCCAGCGGUCAGCCUCACUCUGAAGAGGCUGUGUGAGGGAUUCCUACAGGAGAGAAGCUCCAGAGAUACCGAGCCUGGGUCUGAGAGGCUCUGUGGUCAACAUAAAGAGAAACUCAAGCUCUUCUGUCUGGAGGAUGAACAGCCUGUCUGUUUGGUGUGUCGCGACUCAAGACGACACACAGGACACAAGUUCUGUCCCAUAGAUGAAGUUAUCCAAAACCAGCAGGAGAGAGUAAAGGCUGAACUGGAGCCCCUGAAGGAGAAGCUGAGACUUUACACUGAAUCCAAACUAACCUGUGGUCAAACAGAAAAAUAUAUCAUGACACAGGCCGCAGAGACACACAGGGAAAUCAAGAAAGAGUUUCAACAUCUUCAUCAGCUUCUCGUAAAGGAAGAGGAGGCCAGGAUAAACGCUCUGAUGGAGGAAGAGAAGGAGAAGACUAGGAUGGUAAAGGAGAAGACUAAAGAGAUAAGCACCAUAAUUUCAACUCUUUCAGACAAGAUCCAAGCUGUAGAGGAGAAUCUAGAGGGUGACCAUGUUACCUUUCUGCAAAGAUACAAGGCCAUUCUACACAAGGCCAGGGACCAGGACACGGUGCCUGAUACACAGCUGGUCUCAGGAGCGCUGAUAGUGGUGGCCAAACACCUGGGAAACCUGCAGUUCAGAGUCUGGGAGAAGAUGCAGGAAGAUAUGAAAUACUAUCCGGUGACUCUGGACCCCAACACGGCCCAUCCAGACGUGCUGGUGUACCCCGAUAUGGUCACAUUCAGAGCCAGAAACUCCAGGGAGAGAGAAGAGAUGGAGACGCCGGUUCCUGACACCCCAGAGAGGUUCAACCUCUAUGAAGGAAUCCUGGGCUCUGAGGGCUUCGAUUCGGGGACACACACCUGGGACGUAGAAGUCAGGAAUGAAUAUCUCCAGAGAUACGGCUACAGCAGUGACUGGGCCCUGGGGGUGGUAGAGGAGUCUGUGUCCAGGAAGGGCGUGAUAGAGAAGGGAGGCUGGAGAUUAGAACAACAUGGAGGAGUUUACACCGUACGCUCUGGCCCCGAAUCUCCCAUCACCCUCUCAUUAAAGCUGAGACAGGAGCCCUCGAGGAUCAGAGUGACAUUGGACUGGGACGGAGGAAUGCUGACCUUCUCUGAUCCGCAUUACAAGGAACAUCUCCACACGUUCACACACACCUUCACAGAGAAAGUCUUUCCGUAUCUGAGCAAUGGGUGUAAAACCUUUACUUUGAGGAUUUUACCAGUGAAGGUCCAUGCAGCAGCUGAACAGCCCAGUUAGAGCGGCCACCUCUGUAUUCCACUUUAACAGAUUAAAAUAUCAUGAAACAUUUUUUUUUAAAUUUCAUUUUGGAGAGUUUCAUGCAAACCCACUUUUACCACAGAAUUUAAGUGAACAAAACUAUUGAUUGUUAAAGAUUCCUGGACUUUUUAUUUGAUCCUGAUACACCUGAACCAAACAAAAAUACACUAUGGUAAGACCCUCUCUAUUUCUCUCUCCCCUCUCUAUUUCUCCCCCCUCUCUAUAUCUCCCCCCUCUCUAUUUCUCUCUCCCCUCUCUAUUUCUCCCCCCUCUCUAUAUCUCUCCCCUCUCUAUUUCUCCCCCCUCUCUGUUUCUCCCCCCUCCGGUAGUCUUAAAUAAAUCUACUUUUAAACAAAAGUACACACCUCACACACGUGGUUAUGGGCUUAAAAAAUAAGACACCUGGACCAUGUCAGAUAUGGAGUUCAAAAUUUUUACAUUUUGAGUUUUCAUCUCAAUAGUACACUUUAUAUACAUCACAGAAGACAGAAAUUUAACAAAACCGUUGACAUAGAAACAUCACAUUUUCUGCAGGUUUUUAAAAAUAAUGUUGAUUAAUUAUGAAAAACAUCUCACUCAUGAGGCCACGAGGUAAUUUGACUGCAGGAAAUGGCUGGGGGUGUGGCCUUUUGUAUAAUUUAACUAGGCAAGUCAGUUAAGAACAAAUUCUUACUUACAAUAACAGCCUGUCCAGCCAAACCCACACAACGCUUGGCCAAUUGUGCACCGCCCUAUGGGACUCCCAAUCACAGCCGGAUGUGAGGCAGCCUGGAUUUGAACCGGGUACUGCAGUGACACCUCUAGCACUGAGGGACCACUGCGCCACUCGGGAGCCCAUGUGUUUGUGAAGCCUUCCUGUUUGUGUCAUUAAGGGGAUCCCGUUACUAUGUGCUGGUCGUCGUGCCCUGGGAGAACAGGAGCAGUGAUGCUGUUUUUUAACAAAGUAUGAGAAAUAGGAAUGAUUGUAAAUGUAGUGUUUUUAGGCGCCCAUAUUCUACCUAGACCAGCUCACCUUCUCCCUGGGCAAGCCCUCCGUGAGUGUUGCAACACAUUAUUAUGGUCUGUUUGAGUAUGUGAACUAAACGUAUCAACCUAGCGAUAUUUAGUCUGUUUGAGUAUGUGAACUAAACGUAUCAACCUAGUGAUAUUUAGUCUGUUUGAGUAUGUGAACUAAACGUAUCAACCUAGUGAUAUUUAGUCUGUUUGAGUAUGUGAACUAAACGUAUCAACCUAGUGAUAUUUAGUCUGUUUGAGUAUGUGAACUAAACGUAUCAACCUAGUGAUAUUUAGUCUGUUUGAGUAUGUGAACUAAACGUAUCAACCUAGUGAUAUUUAGUCUGUUUGAGUAUGUGAACUAAACGUAUCAACGUAGUGAUAUUUAGUCUGUUUGAGUAUGUGAACUAAACGUAUCAACCUAGUGAUAUUUAGUCUGUUUGAGUAUGUAAAUGAAACGUAUCAACCUAGUGAUAUUUAGUCUGUUUGAGUAUGUGAACUAAACGUAUCAACCUAGUGAUAUUUAGUCUGUUUGAGUAUGUGAACUAAACGUAUCAACCUAGUGAUAUUUAGUCUGUUUGAGUAUGUGAACUAAACGUAUCAACCUAGUGAUAUUUAGUCUGUUUGAGUAUGUGAACUAAACGUAUCAACCUAGUGAUAUUUAGUCUGUUUGAGUAUGUGAAUGAAACGUAUCAACCUAGUGAUAUUUAGUCUGUUUGAGUAUGUGAAUGAAACGUAUCAACCUAGUGAUAUUUAGUCUGUUUGAGUAUGUGAACUAAACGUAUCAACCUAAUGAUAUUUAGUCUGUUUGAGUAUGUGAACUAAACGUAUCAACCUAGUGAUAUUUAGUCUGUUUGAGUAUGUGAACUAAACGUAUCAACCUAGUGAUAUUUAGUCUGUUUGAGUAUGUGAAUGAAACGUAUCAACCUAGUGAUAUUUAGUCUGUUUGAGUAUGUGAACUAAACGUAUCAACCUAGUGAUAUUUAGUCUGUUUGAGUAUGUGAACUAAACGUAUCAACCUAAUGAUAUUUAGUCUGUUUGAGUAUGUGAACUAAACGUAUCAACCUAGUGAUAUUUAGUCUGUUUGAGUAUGUGAACUAAACGUAUCAACCUAGUGAUAUUUAGUCUGUUUGAGUUUGUGAACUAAACGUAUCAACCUAGUGAUAUUUAGUCUGUUUGAGUAUGUGAACUAAACGUAUCAACCUAAUGAUAUUUAGUCUGUUUGAGUAUGUGAAUGAAACGUAUCAACCUAGUGAUAUUUAGUCUAUUUGAGUAUGUGAACUAAACGUAUCAACCUAGUGAUAUUUGUCUGUGAGAAAUCUGCUAUUUCUACCAGUUGGAGUCUGUCUUGUAGGAGAGUUGUACACAUCUCCUUGGAGCUAGAGAUAUAUGGAGAUUUAUGACGCUGAAAAAUGUAAAUAAAUAACUGCUGCAUCCUGC